AUGGUGCUGGGAUCACUGAUGGGAAGUGCUUGGGCAGCCUACUCCUACAACCAAGGGAGGUUCCAGUUCGAUGCAGGUCAGAAGCAAACGUCUGCGCAUCAAGUCAUGAACAUCCGCAUCCAGCAGUGGGGCCUUUUCAGAGAGGACAUUCGUGACCUUUUCAAUUUGACCACUUCGCACAUGAGCACCUACAUGGUGGUUGGUACCCUGUUUUUGGGCUUCAGCGUGAGCUUUAUCUGGAACUGCCCUCGAUUUCCGGGAGAUCCGCCUUGGCUAAAGCUGUUUUGGGUGAACACUUUCAUAGCGGCCAUGUGCUAUGGCUUCCUUGCAGUGUGGUUGGCCAUGCAUGGGGCAAUAGCUGCCCAGUCUGCCAGCGUGCAAUUGCUGACGCGUGCGAUACGGCCUCCCUAUCCCAGCGCGUCAGAGCUCCAACGAGCUCAAUACGAGCUGUCCCAGUAUGAAGCUGCGCCCAACCAGUUUUUCACGCCACCGAAUCUCCUUGGCAGCAAAGAUGCUGUUCAGUCGCAAGGGGCGUCACACACCUCUGGGCUUGAACUGCCCUCUUUGCCCGCGAGCAUGCCGCAGGCCUCACAGGCCUCUCGUACCUCGACAGAAAGCCCUGCAAUUCCGGCUGCUUUGCCUGCCGGAGCAGCGCAGCAGCAAGAGCGACAAGGUCAGGAGAACACUAACCCCUGGGAGACGGCACCAGGCUUGUCUGCGGAACUGGGCAUGCACGUGAAGCUGUUCCAGCAGCUGCAGAAGACGUUUCUGCCCUUCGAUGCCUACGCGCGAGUUUGCCUUAUAGCCUGUGCUGGCAAUUUGCUGCCCGCCCUGGCCUACUUUUGGAUUGCCCACCAAAACUGGAACGACUCCGGUGCGCUGUUUGUCACCUUCAUGGGCUCUUGCAUGCUGAUGUUCACUACGCUGGUUCUGUACAAGCUCGAUUUCUAUGUUGUAAAGCAGCGCAUGCGGAUCUACAAAGCUGUGGUUGUGUGCGCCCCACUGGUAUCCUGCGCUGCAGUGCGGAGAUGGGUUCAUGAUGGUCACGCUGCUGAAGGGCUAGUUCAGUGGGCGCUAGUUUGUGCAACAUGCUUGUUGCAUCUUUCCUGGCAGCUUCUGUUCAUCUGGGAGGCACGACCAUCGAAGGAAGACUUGGACCUGCCCAUGAGCUUCAGAUCUGUCCGCUACUUGGACAUCUUCGGUGGCCUUCGCCGCAGGCAGGCUGAGGAACGCCGACGGCUUCAGCAAGCUCUGCGGCAGCGGCGCAUGGGGCCGGGGGCCAGUGGGCAGCCGGAGGUCGAGUCCGACGAUUCGGCAAGCUAUGAGCCGUCCGAUCCGGGCCACCUCCAAGCCGAGCAGGUCUUGGGCAUGAUCGGACGCCUCCUGAUGUUGAACCAGAGCUGUGAACAGAGCCAGGAAUUGCUACUUCCAGAGGAGGUGCAGGCUCUGCAGCGUGCCAUGGAUCGCUUGGUUGAGCUGGGUUGUCCAUCUUGGGAUCCAGAUGAGAUGGACAUGGAAGUCUGGCUCCAGCGUGAAGUCAUCUCCGACACUGGACAACCUUUGAAAUACUACGUCAACCUUGACACGUUUGACACCGCCUGGACACCCAGCGCUGUGCAUCUCGAUGUUGAGACAUUGCUGGCCGAAGUGGACCGGCUCACUGGGGUCUUGCGAACCGGACAAAGCGGUCGUAGCAGCGUGCAGCGCUUUGAAGUGGAGGCGCCUCCUUCAAACUUCGGUGUUGGCACGAUGUCCGCCGCACAGAGACCGUUCUUGCCUACUUUGCGGAGGCCAGGUUCCAGUCAUGAACAGUCGAGCAUGCCUUGGAAAUACUUCAUGCAAAUUUCGCUGAGCGUUAUCAUGGCGUGGCUCAUUACCAUGGUGUAUUGCGUGUUCCACCCAGCGUUCACAGCGAACCACCUGGUCCAGGUCAAGUCAUGGCCGCAUGACUUUUUCUCGCCUGUCACGAUGACCUGUGCUGGAGAGCGCGUCCUCCUAGGUGACAGAUAUGGAUUGUACGACUCGCAAAUAGCGCAGCUCACUGGGGAAUCUGGAACAUUUCAGCCGCUUCAGAUCGCCCAUGAUGCUGGCCACAUGUUGUGGGCGCCAUUUGCCAGCAUUGCAGCUGUAAAUUCGGAGCCUAUUCAGCUACUCGUCUUGCAACAUGAUGGUCAUACAGUAUGGGACCUGCGGCAGAAUCACAGCAGAAUCUGGAAAGUUGCGCGUAUGCUGGAGCCUCUGCGUACAAUCGCUGUGAUUCGCGACGGACUGGCGGAGCAAGAGUGUUCUUCUCCCAACCGCGAGCGCCGCGAGCAGACAUGGGGCAUUCUGGCUUCCAGUACGGCGGGCGAAUCAUUGGUUUUGUGCCCGCAAAACGGCACAUUGUAUCCAAGGCGUCAGAUUGCAAGAUUGGAUGUGGAUGGCAGACCUGUGGAAGCUCUUGGAAUGCAUUUGUCCGACAGAGCAGGUGUGGAUCGAGAGAUGUCUAUCAACUUCCGAAAGGUUGACAUUUCUAAAGCGACAGUGACGUGGCCAAUUGACCUCAUUCCGAGCGAGUUCUGCUGGUGCAUGCGUUGCCCAUGCUAUCCCAUGAAGAACGACAGACGAGUCAUGCGGACCCCUCUGCACUGUGAGACACGACCUUUGAAGGCUGGCGAAAACUGCAUUUGCUGUUUGCUGGCCGACCUCGAUUGCGCAGAGGCUCUUCGGGAUGGCGCUGCUCAAUCCUCCAAGACAGUCCCUUUGCCAAACAGUGUCAGGAUCAACGCCUUCAACUGCAAAGCAGUCGCAAGCGCAGCUGCGCUUUUCAUGAGACGGAGGCAAAAAACGAACAUCGCCAUAAGGGCAAGUCUUCGAGACAGCGAGGGCAGGAGGAUUCCGAAUGUGCAAGUGUUCGACGCAAGCGACCCGAACUCCAUCCAGUCCAGACAUGUGGCGGAGUUCGGCUCGCGUCCUUUUGGUGUGCUCGCUUAUGCCCCCAGUGCGAGCGGCAAGGGUGCUAUGGUUUGGGAGCUCGGCAAGGAGCGAUAUCCCGGAGAUCCACAAGGCAGAGCUCAAAGGGCUGGAGUCGAAAAAGGCUUUGUGGUCAAGACGGUCAACGGCCAGGACGUUUCCACCUGGGACUUUGCUGAUAUCUUGGAUAUUCUUGGUGACAAGAUCUUGGACAACUCCGGUGGUAAGUUCCAGUCGGUCUCGAGAGGAUCCAUGCAAAAUGCUUGUGCAGACCUCCCCGUCAAGAUUGAGUUCGUUCAGCUACAUCCCGCAGAGCAAACUCAUGAUACUCAUGAAGAGGUUCCAGUGCAAGUGCAGCAUGGCUUGCCUGAGACGAUCAACAAAUAUACGCUUCGGUACAACCAUGCCGUAGAUGAUGCUUUUGUUAGAUCAUCGCUGGAUGCUUUUGCACAGCAUGCCGGACAGCCAAUGUUCUCGGUCGAUGAUGCGGUGAAGCUGGUGACUGAUGCCUGUAGGAUUUUUCAGGCGGAGGGGACGCUGCAGCGAGUAGAUGUGGACAGCGUGAUUGUUGUUGGCGACCUACAUGGGCAAUUCUUCGAUCUUCUGUACAUUUUUGACGAAAUGGGAAUGCCAUCGGACAAGAACCCAUACUUGUUUAACGGAGACUUUGUGGACAGAGGGCCUCACUCACUGGAGGUGGUGUUCACGCUACUGCUUCUGAAAAUGCAGUUCCCAUCCUACAUUUACAUGAAUCGCGGAAAUCAUGAAGCUGCUGACCUCAACCUGCGCUAUGGCUUUGCAGCUGAGAUUCGCGACCGCUAUGGUUGCGCUGGCCGCAGGCUCUUUGACGCCUUCUCAGAGAUGUUUCGAUGGAUGCCGCUGGCGCACGUCUUGAAUUCGGAUGUCUUUGUUGUGCAUGGAGGUUUGCCUGGUCCAGAUCCUCGACUCGCCUUCAGUGACUCAGGCGGUGGUGGUACAGGCUACGAUGCGGUUGGCUUCAGCGGGCGACGAGGUGGAGGUCAGCACCUGUCCCUGUUAGGCUACAAUCCAGACAAUGUGUCCUUGCCGCCACGCAACACCGAGUUGACACUCGAAGAUAUCGCGGCUCUGCCUCGCGGUGGAGAUCCCGCCACGGACUUGCAAGCCUUGGCGAAGCUGCCGGAAGACGAGGCGGAGGUACAGCGCUUGAUUGUUGAUCUCCUUUGGGCAGACCCUAGAGGCAAGACGGGCUACGGUCCCUCAUACAGAGUUCGGAAAGGUUGCUACAUCUUUGGUCCAAACGUUACCUCCGCCUUCUUGCGAAGAAACGGUCUUCGGCUUCUAAUCCGGUCGCAUGAGGUCAAAGUAGGUGGCUUCGAGUGGACACAUCCUGACUGCAUCACAGUAUUCUCUGCUCCAAACUACUUGGGGCACGCUGGCAACAAAGGUGCUGUAAUCAGGCUUGCUCCUGAUGAUACGGGCAAACUGGCUCCAUCCUUCAUGACUUACGAGGCCCGAUCGGCCCGAGAAGCUGUAAGCCAGCUUGACAGCUGA